AUGUGGAGCACAUUCCGCAAUCUAAAGAACAACAUCUCCGCGAUCGCGUCGGACGUUCUCGACACCGCAGAGGAGCUCGACCCGGGCCUGUUCGGCAGCGGUCCCGGCUCGCCGUCUCACCACUCGUCUUCGGACUCUUACUCCGAAGGUUCCUCUGCUGACUCUACCCCGGAGAGGCACGGCAAAGCGGGCGGUCGAGAUGGGUGGGAGUCUGCUGUGCAGGAGUGCAGCGUUCUCAAAGCCGAGAGGCAGCAACUGUUCAGCGACCUGGCAGAGGCACAUGAGAAGAUAAAGCAGGAGGCAGCAGCUCGGCAGCAGGCAGAGGGGGCGCUGAGGCAGGUGGAGGCUCAACUGGCGCAGGCAGUAGCUGCUGCUGACGCCUCCAAGGCCACGUGGCAGGCCGAACUGCAGCAGCUCUCUCACCAGCUUGCCGAGGCUCGGGCUGCCGAAGCUGAAGCUCAGCUUCGGGCCGCCUCUGCUGCUGCUCCUGCGGCUGCGGCCGCAGCUCAGUCAGAAGAGCUAUCUCAAGUAAAGUUGAAACUGCAAGCAGCAGAGCAGGCCCUUUCCUCCCAACGCACCUCCUUCCAGACCGCCCUCCAACAGCUAAGGGAAGAGUGCGACCGUCAGAUGAAAGCAGCAGAGGCCCAGGUGAAGACAGCAGAGGCCCAGGCGAAGGCAGCAGAGUGCCAGGCGAAAGCAGCAGAAGCGAGGAGGAAAGAAGCGGAGGAAGCAGCAGAGGCGAAGGCGACAGCUGCAGUGGUUGCAAUGGAAGAGCAGGCAGUGAGAAGGAUAGCAGCGGCAGUGAGAGCAGCAGAGAAGGAGGCAGAGGAGAGCAGAGCAGAAGCAGAGAAGGAAUCAGAGGCGAGGACAAGGGAGGUGGAGGAGGUAGCAGCGGCGCAGAGAGGGGAGUUAGAAGGGGUGCUUAGUGCGAUGAAGGGGGAGAGGGACAAGGCGAAGCGGGAACUUGCUAGGCUGAAACAGCACCUCCUGGAGCUGGAAAAUGCCGAGUCAGCCAAGGUGGAGCACGAGACCGACCAAAUCAAAUCACUCGAGGCCCAGCUACAGGACAAAUCCCGCGAGCUGGCAGCCAUGCAAUCCGCGCUAGCAGACGCACGCUCCGCAACGGAAGCUGCCAGGAAGGAGGCAGAGAGCCGAGCCAAGGAGGUGGAGGAGGAGGGAGCGAGGAGGGAGAGAGAGAGGGAGGAGGCGGAGAGGGAGAGGCAGGUGCUUCGGGCCGAACUUGAGGCUCGGGAUCAGGAGUUGAACAACCUGCAGGCAGCUCUGGGGCAGUUUUACGCCGAAGCUGAGGCUCAGAACCGGCUGGCAGCAGAGCUAGCGGCAGCAAGGGACGACAACACCAAGCUAGCCGAGCAGCUGCAGUUGGCAAAAGACCUUGCAAGCAGGAGGGCGGAGGAGGUAGAGGCAGCAGAGGCGAGAGCAGCGGAGGCGGAGAGGGGGAGGGCAGCAGCGGUGGCGGGGGAGCAGAGGGCAGGGAACGAGCUGUCUAAGGUCCGCCAGGCGCUUGAGCAGUGCAUGGUGCGGCUUAACAGAAUGUCUUCAGACUCGGACUUCACUGUAGACAGGAGAAUCGUGAUCAAGCUUCUGGUGACUUACUUUCAGCGCAAGCACAGCAAGGAGGUGCUUGACCUCAUGGCUCGAAUCCUUGGAUUCUCAGAGGAGGACAAGCAGCGGGUGGGGCUGGCAGCAGCAGGCCACAUGGGGGUGGGGGGAGGAGCAGCAGGGGGGGUGAGGGGCAUGUUUGGGCUGCCUGGGAGGCUGGUGGGGGGACUGUUUGGAGGCGGGGCGAGCGUGGGGGGAGUGGGAGGGAGCACUGGCGCCCUGGCAAGCAUUGCAGAUGACAGCACGACCCAUAGGGGCCCUACGCACAGCCUCCCAUCGCCUUACCUGCCUGCCAUACCUGGUCUCAGCACUGGGAUGGUCGGCACACAUGGAAUGGCUGGCACAGGGGGGAUUUCAGGUGCUGGCGCAGGUGCUGCAGGUGGUUUCUCAGGUGGUCCUGUCUCCACAGUGAUAAUGGGUGGAGGGUCAGCAGCAGUGGCAGGCAUUUCAGGGGAGCUCUGGCAAGGGUCUACAGCGGCUGGGGGAGGUAUAUCUGGGGCAGGUGGGAUUAUGGGCAGUCGACCAGGAGCAGUGGUGGGAAUGUCUCCAGGAGUAGGGUUACCACAAAGUGGAAGUGGUAACGGCAUGUUACAGGGAUAUACACCGCCGAGCAUGCACAGGCAAGGGUCUGGUGGUAUGGGUGGAGGCAAUGCGUUGUUCAGUGCAAGUGGGGGAGGGAUGGUGGGGGUAGCUGGUGAUGUGGACUUAGAUGGUAACGGUAACACAUCAGAGUUUUCGUCUGUGCCUUUGAAUAUGGGACCAGGGCAGAAGGCCACUGCUGCGUUGUCAUCGCUGUCGGCUCGUAGUGGUCAAGUGGUGGUGAGUGCAGCUCGGAACCUGUUCGGGCAACAGGAGAGCGAGUCGGCGCUGCAAUUGUAA